UUUCAUUUUUUGUACCUUUCUACCCAACAUCUCACUGUCCAGAAAUUUUGAAGUCGUGUCGUCGUCGGCAAUUCAUCUUUUCCUCGCUAUAAACCACUGCCAUAGGCAACCGUCUCUUCCUCCGUAGACUUUCACUUUGAUCAUAAAAUCUCAAAGAGAAAAACAUAAAUAAAAGUUAAAAUGGUUCAAGCUAAAACACAAAAAGUCGGCUCCUCAGGAUUCACCAAGGAAGAGGAACUUCUACUCAACGAUUUCAGCCGUAAUGUCUCAACAAAAUCAUCAGCUUUAUUCUAUGGAAAUGCCUUCAUCGUUUCGGCCAUUCCAAUUUGGCUCUUUUGGCGUAUUCACAACAUGGAUCUCCUGUCGAGUGCUAUCUUCUUCCUGCUGAUGACCGGUGCCAGUACAUACCUCAUGGCCUUGGCCUACAAAAACAUCAAAUUCAGCCUGAAGCACAAGAUUUCAGUGAAACGUGAAGAUGCUGUCACUCGCGAGGUUAACCGUCAAUUGGCCGACGACAAGAAGAUCACCAAGAAGGAGAAGGACGAGCGCAUUUUGUGGAAGAAGAAUGAAGUUGCCGACUACGAGGCAACAACCUAUGCUAUCUUCUACAAUAACGCUCUCUACUUGACCAUCAUCAUCUUCAUUAGCUUCUUCAUUCUGAAGAAUUCCUCGCCAGCUGUGAAUUACAUCUUUUCAGUUGGUUUGGCUAGUGGAGCAUUAGCGUUGUUCUCCACCAGCACCCAAACAUACACCAACUAAGAGGUGAGGUUGAGUGUGGAGUUUGUUUUUUAUAUUGAUUUUUUGUAUAUUUUCAUUUUUGAAAAAAAGAAAACAAAACGAAAGAAAAGAAAAGAUAAUAGUUUGUAAUUUUAAAUAAAACAUUACAUUUAUAUUUCUUCUGCGGAGAAGACAAAAUAAAAAUUAAUUAAUUUAAUACAA